AUGUCAACCAGUGUUGUUCUUGUUACCGGUGGAAGCGGCCUCGUCGGCAAGGCCCUUGAGGCGGUGCACAGACGCAACUCCUCUGCUGGUGAAAAAUGGGUGUUUUUGUCAAGCCGGGAUGCGGAUCUCACGUCGGUGGAGGCAACGAAGGCGGUGUUCGAACGACACCGACCCCAUUAUGUGAUUCAUCUGGCAGCAAAGGUUGGUGGACUCUUUAAAAAUAUGAGGCAACCCGUGGAAAUGUGGCUUGAAAACGUUGCCAUUAAUAAUAAUGUGCUAGAGUGUUGCCGCAUAUUCAAAGUAAGGAAGCUUGUCUCCUGCCUCUCCACCUGCAUCUUUCCUGACAAGACAACUUAUCCUAUUAACGAGGAUAUGCUGCACGAUGGACCGCCGCAUUACUCCAAUGAGGCUUAUGCUUAUGCAAAACGUAUGAUGGAUGUUAUGAACCGUGCUUAUCGGAAUGAGUAUGGGUGCAAUUUCACAUGUGUUAUACCCACCAACAUCUAUGGCCCUCAUGACAAUUAUGAUUUGCAGAAUUCUCAUGUUGUGCCCGGUUUAAUUCAUAGGUUUUAUCUGGCAAAGAAGGAGGGUAUCCCGAUGACUGUGAUGGGUACAGGUAAGCCUCUUCGACAGUUUAUUUACAGUGAAGAUUUGGCAGAAUUGAUGAUUUGGGUAAUGCGCGAGUAUCCGGAGGAGGGACCCAUCAUUCUUUCCGUCGACGACAGUGACGAGGUAUCAAUUGCGGAUGUCGUCAAAAUGGUCGCAGAGGCGAUCGACUAUAAAGGUGAUAUUGUCUUUGACACCAGCAAGGCAGAUGGGCAAUAUCGGAAGACGGCAGAUAACAGUAAGCUCAGGAAGUACAUGCCAAAAUAUAAGUUUACCCCCAUGAAGGAAGGCAUUAAGAAAUCAGUCGAAUGGUUUGUUCAAAAUUACGAUAGUGCUCGCAAAUAG